CGUCAUGGCUUUCCACCAGAUACCGUUUACGAUAUUUUUCCUGGCCCUCGGCUUGGCUGCCGGGGUUGAUCUCUACUGCCCACCCUUCUGGACUCGCUUCGGUGACAACUGUUACCGUUUCUUCGGUCCACCCAAGACCUGGCUAGCAGCCGAGGAACACUGCCAAGAGUUCUUCACCCGAAACGGCCAGGGGCACCUGGCGUCCAUCCACUCCUCUGCAGAGAAUAACCUCCUGAUAAAGAUGUGGGAAACCUCUCUCGUCCCAAAUGAGGAAUUCUUGGGAGGCCACGUCUGGCUCGGAUUCAACGAUCGGUCGAUGGAAGAAACCUUCGCCUGGAGUGACGAGACCCACUUUCACUACGAAGCAUGGCUGGACGGGCAGCCGGACGACGCAGGAGGGAGAGAGGACUGCGGUGCUUUCUGGAGGACCCACAAUCGGGUUGGAUGGAACGACGAUAGGUGUGAAGUUACCUUGCCGUAUCUUUGCAAAAUGCCUAAAGAGACAUCUGUGGAAGCUAUCGGCUUGGCUGCUGGGGUUGAUCUAGACUGCCCACCCUUCUGGACUCGCUUCCGUCACGACUGUUACCGUUUCUUCGGUCCACCCAAGACCUGGCAAGCGGCCGAGGAGCACUGCCGGGAGUUCUUCACCCGUAACGGCCAGGGGCAUCUUGCGUCCAUCUUCACCUCUGAAGAAAACGACUUUGUGCUGCAGAUGUGGCAAACCUCUCUAGUCCCAAAUGGGGAUCGCUCCCUGGGACAACACGUCUGGCUCGGAUUUAACGAUCGGUUGACUGAAGGAACCUUCACCUGGAGUAACGGGAUGCCGUUUACCUUCGAAGCAUGGCAAUAUUGGCAGCCGGACGACGCGGGAGAUGAAAAGGACUGCGGUACGUUGUGGAAGACCGACGAUCAGGUUGGAUGGAAUGAUAAUCCGUGCGGCCAAUCUGGGCCAUACCUUUGCAAAAUGCGUUCUAAUAUGCAUAGGGGCUAUUAUUAAGUAAAUAGUCCGUCAAGGGUGAAGGAUCGAUUAUGUGGCAAACCCAUCCGUGCCAACACAUUCAAUUCCAAUAAACGUAUACCCCUGAACAGAGAAACUACAGACUUUCACUGCAGCGGUACCUUUAUAGGUUUGGCGUUUCAGAUUCAGAACGCGUCUACUCAAACUUUCCCUGUUCCACAGACGGUAACUCUUGAACUUCGUCACGAGCGUGGCUCGUUCUUUGUUUCCUCACUUUGAGCAGAGGCGGUAUUUCGGGAACAUAAAACCGUCUCUUAUGAUGUAUAUAUAAAAGAAGAGAUUGACCGUGUGAUACAGUCAGUAGUUACACCUAUGGAAGAAUCUCCAGGGUCUUUU